AUGAUUGAAGUCGAGGUCAAUGAUCGAUUAGGAAAGAAGAUCCGAGUCAAGUGCGAAGGCGAGGAUACUGUUGGUGAUUUCAAGAAAGUGUUAGCGCUUCAGUUGGGUAUUUCAUGGACUAAGAUUGUGUUGCAAAAGGGAGGAGCAGUGCUUAAAGACCACAUCACGCUUGAUGACUAUGAGGUUCAUGAUCAAACGUAUUUGGAACUGUACUAUCUUUAA